UGGCGGUUAAGAAUUCGAAAGCCAAUCCUUUGGACUUCAAUUUCUGUACACUCAAUUACGCCUAUAAGUUCCCCUCUCUCCUAUAUCCUCGCUGGUCAUAUCGUUAAUAAGCACCGGCUCCUCCACUCCCACCCUUCACUUUGCACUUUCAAAACCUUCCAUCUCUCACUCUCCUUCUCAGCCAGUGGGAUCACAAAUAACAAUGGCAGCCGCCGUCUCCUCAAUCGGAGCUGUCAACUUUGCCCCGCUCAACCUGAAUGGCUCUGGAGCUGGAGCUGCGGUUCCUAGCUCAGCCUUCUUCGGCAGCAGCCUGAAGAAGGUGAACUCAUCCUACACAGCCCCAAAGGUUUCACCGGGAAACUUUAAAAUCGUGGCUACUGAGAUUGACGAGGGUAAGCAGACCGAGACGGACAGAUGGAAGGGCCUAGGCACUGAUACCUCUGAUGAUCAACAAGACAUCACCAGAGGAAAGGGUAUGGUUGAUUCUCUCUUCCAAGCCCCCUCGGGAACGGGAACCCACUAUGCUGUCCUCAGCUCUUACGAAUACCUCAGUCAGGGACUUCGCACAUACAAUUUGGACAACACCAUGGACGGUUUGUACAUCGCUCCUGCCUUCAUGGACAAGCUCGUUGUUCACAUAACCAAGAACUACAUGUCCUUGCCUGGCAUCAAGGUCCCCCUCAUCCUGGGUGUCUGGGGAGGCAAAGGUCAAGGAAAAUCUUUCCAGUGUGAGCUCGUCUUUGCCAAGAUGGGAAUCAACCCUAUCAUGAUGAGUGCCGGAGAACUGGAAAGCGGAAAUGCAGGAGAGCCAGCCAAGCUUAUCAGGCAAAGAUACAGGGAAGCAGCUGACAUUAUCAGGAAGGGAAAAAUGUGCUGUCUCUUCAUCAACGAUCUUGAUGCCGGUGCUGGUCGUCUCGGUGGAACUACACAAUACACUGUUAACAACCAGAUGGUUAACGCCACCCUCAUGAACAUUGCUGAUAACCCCACCUGUGUCCAACUCCCCGGUAUGUACAACAAAGAAGAGAACCCCCGUGUGCCCAUCAUUGUCACCGGUAAUGAUUUCUCCACCUUGUAUGCUCCCCUUAUCCGUGAUGGUCGUAUGGAGAAAUUCUACUGGGCACCAACCCGCGACGAUCGUAUUGGUGUCUGCACCGGUAUUUUCCGAGCUGACAAUGUUCCUCAUGAAGAUAUUGUCAAACUUGUCGACACUUUCCCUGGUCAAUCCAUUGAUUUCUUUGGUGCAUUGAGGGCAAGAGUGUACGAUGAUGAAGUGAGGAAGUGGGUUUCCGGUGUUGGAGUGGACAAAGUUGGGAAAAAGCUCGUGAACUCAAGGGAAGGCCCUCCACAGUUCGAGAAGCCUGCCAUGACCUUGGAGAAACUCCUCGAGUACGGCAACAUGCUCGUCCAAGAGCAGGAGAACGUGAAGAGGGUCCAAUUGGCUGACAAGUACUUGAACGAGGCCGCUCUUGGUGAUGCCAACGAGGAUGCUCUUAAGAGUGGAAGUUUCUACGGUUAGCUUUCUUGAUCCUAGCUACAGGCCUUGAUAGGAGGCAAAGCAGCUCAGCAAGUGGGUGUUCCAGUUCCUGAAGGAUGCACUGACCCUAAUGCUAACAACUUUGAUCCCACUGCAAGGAGUGAUGAUGGAAGCUGCUUAUAUACUCUCUAGGCCUUUCGGGGGAAGCAACCAAUUAAUCGACGCAGGAGUAAUUUAUAAGCGCGCAAAGGAGUCAAAAAUAAAUCGUUGUCGCCUCUGUUUCUUUAUGGAUUACCGUCCUGUAAUUUUGUGUCAAAGUAUGUUAUACACUCGUCUCAUCCUCGAAUUCGGAUUUUUGUGUAUUUCUCUCUCUCUUAUUCAAGACUUUUUUUUUUUUUGGGGGGGGAAGCUUAAUGAGGAGGUUUCGUUCAUGUUAAAUCUGCAAGAACUGCAACCAGACCUUUCUCCCCGGUUCCCAGUCAAGACUUAAUCUAAUGUUUGUGUCUGAUUUAUUAAGCAAGAAAGUUCGUCUCCACUCAUGUAUUGC